AUGGGGAAGCUGAUCUCCAAAGGCCAGCACAAAAGAGAUGCUCGAGUUGUCAUGCUGGGGCUUGACUUUGCUGGCAAAUCCACCCUUCUGUACAAACUGAAGAGCGGCUGGGCUGUGGAGACCUGCCCAACGGUGGGCUUCAACGUGGAGUAUCUGAAAACACCCUGUCGCGUAUCCUUCACCCUCUGGGACGUUGGAGGACAAAGCAGCCUGCGGGCAAGCUGGCCUGACUACCUGGAGGACACCAACAUCCUGGUCUUUGUGCUUGACAGCACAGACGUGGCACGGCUUCCUGAGGCAGCAGCGGCACUGGAGGAAGUGCUGAGCCACCCCAGCAUGGCUGGUGUCCCCCUCCUCCUCCUGGCCAACAAGCAGGAGGUGCCGGGAGCGCUGACACCCGCUGAGCUGGGGGAGAGGCUGCAGCAGGGACGGCUGGUGGAGCAUCGCUGGGUGCUCCAGGGCUGCAGCGCCCACACUGGACAGGGCCUACAGGAAGCCUUGGAUGUCCUGGGAGAGCUGCUGCAGGGUCCAGAGCAGAGGUCCCCAUCCCAAGAGCAGCCCCUUGCAGGACUGGCAGAGAGGAGCCAAGCUCUGAGGCAAAGCUGA